AUGAGCACAAAAAACGAAGUUUUAGGGCAAAAUAUUGAUAGCAAACACAAGAAAAUCAGCGAUUCGGAAAUUUUACCUGAAUUCAAACAUGCUCAUCAAAUUUCUGAGCUAAUUUGGAAAGAUAACGAAAAUGAAAAUGAUAAUUUCGACGAAAUAUCAAAGGAAAUUGAUGCUAAAAUGGUUUCUAUCGAAUUUGUAUUACGAACAAUUGAUUAUGCAGCUACAAAAAGACCAAAAGCAAUAUCAAGAUAUGCAAAACUCUGUUUGGAGUUAUUAAACAAAUACGGACAAAAUCUCGACAUCAAAAAUACCGAUAUCCGCGUUAUGCUUAGUGUUAAAGGCUUCUACAAGGAUGAGAAAUUUUCAAAAAAAGGUUCCGACGUGACUGGAAUCUUCAAAGAUGGAACUCCACAGUACUACAUAUGUUGGGAUAGACUUGAAGACUUGAAAAAAGUCAUUGAUAAUCAAAAAGUUGAAUUAGAUCCAUCAUUAACAACAAAUACUUUGAUAGAUAUCGCUGCAAAGUAUGGUUCAAGUAAAUGUUUCAAGUACUUGCUUGAAAACAAGUAUAAAAUUACACAAAGCACACAAGUUUUAGCAGUUGAAGGUGGAAACAUGGAAAUUUUAGAAAUUUUAGAAAAAAAUAAUGCAACUUUCGAUAAUUGCUAUUCAGCAGCUGUUGACUGCUACAGAAAUGAUAUUGCUGAUUGGAUCAGUCAAAAGAAUCAUGUCGGAAAAUUAAGUAUCGCUCAAUGCUUAAUUUCAUCAAAUUAUAGGGCUGCAUCGUUUUGCAUCGCAAAUGAAGGCGAUAUAAAUGAAAAAUAUAACGAAGAAUGCCCUCUUUCGAUUGCAAUUAAAAAUAAUAUUUUUGAUAUCGUUAAAUUCUUUGUCGAGAAAGGAGCUGAUGUUAAUACAAUGUUGUAUUACAUUGAGAAUGAAACAGGAAUUCUUUAUUUUCUCAUGUUAACGGAAUUCCAUAUAUAUUGA